UUAUUUACCUACGUCAAUGAUCAGUUUAAAUACCUUACAAAUCUUACAAAUCUGUUCUAUGUGUAAUUAGGAUUAGUAUUAAAUAAUUAUUUUAGUGUUAAUUAGUUAAGUACUAAUCAAUAUGUCGAGUGGAAGUGGCACUAGCGGCGGAGUUGUAAGAAACAGCGCGCUAUCAUUCGUUGCGCCUGCGCAUCCUGCUAACUCGCAGAGUUCACAGGGCUCUCAGGAACAGAUGGAGCAAUCCGAACGCCUGAUGCCAGCAGGAUUGAAAGCGUUAUAUGAAGCAUGCUCCAAAAUAUAUCCUGACCAGCCGAACCCUCUGCAAGUUACCACUAGACUAAAGUUUUGGCUAGGUGGCCAUGACCCUCUGGAUUACAUAAGCAUGUACUGGAACCCAGGUAGACCUGAUGAGAACAUUCCUCCACACUGGCAUUAUGUGAGUUUCGGAGUAUCCGACCUCCACGGCGACGGUAGAGUACACCCCAUACCAGAGCCUGGUGACACUUUAUCAGGAUAUGGUCUGGAGUUAACUCUGCGGUUAGCUGCGGAGAGGGGUCAGACACCGCCGGUGUGGCCAGCGGCUUUGUUGCAAGCACUAGCUAGAUAUAUUUUCGCUACUGGUAACAAGUUCGUCGCCGGUGACCAUGUAUCAUGGCACGCGGCCCUCGACGGCUCUGAGUCAAGAGUGCGUCACUUGCUUGUGGCUGAAGAUCCGCAGUUGAAAAGUGUGGACACACCACAUGGGAGGGUGGCGUUUUUACAGAUGGUGGGUUGUACGACCAGAGAGCUCAGAGCGGCUCAAAGAGGUUCCGGGUUCGAAGUUUUGAAGCUAAUUAGUGAAGAUCCUAGAUGUGGUGGACCCUGGUUAGUAACGAGGGUAUCACGUAGACGAUCAGCUCGGCUCACCACCACCCGGCGGCAGUUGGUGCAUUUGGCUGGGGUUUCUGCCAGGGUCAAUUGGCAGAAGUAUUUACCGAGUGAAGAAGAACAAUGUUCGCUAUCGCCGAGCGUGGAAAGGCAAAUAAAGGAGACCUUACAGAGGGGACUUACUUCUAUGACUGAUAGAGGAUCGGAAGGUCACAAUAUGUCAACGGACAGUUUUGAAAUGUCAAGUAUGGAGCGCGCUUUGCCGCACUUACCUGAUAUGGUUCAAGGCUCAUGGAGGGAUAGCAGCGUGGAAUAUUUAGAAGGUGUGCACUUGAUGUUGAACAGCGAAGGUGCUAGCCUCCUGCCGUUGGCCAUUGACGGUCGUGUGCUACACGCAUCACAUUUUACAUGGCGGCAAGGUGGCCGCAGUGUGACAGUGUUGCCCCCCACUGUGGGGGGGGCCGUGGUUAGUGAUAGCACGCCGUAUGCGGUCACUAAUAAUUGGUUGCAGAUUCUGAUACCAAAUGAAUUAGCGCAAGACAUGUCGAAAAAAGUGGCUCCGCUCGCAAAUUUAGCGGAAAUAGACUCUGAGACAGACGAAGAAGGAACCACGGGCACAACCACGGCACCCACAAUACCUUUCACUUUAUCCUGGCCUAGUUAUAAGUUAAAAAUAUCCGUUUUACCUGAUACUGAGUUUUUAUAAAAAAAAGCGUGCCGCACACGUGUCAGAAGUGAAACCUCUUUGGCAAGAUUAUAUACCAAAAUCGUUGUUUCCAUGACGUAGCGGUAUUGCCGUGACGCGACCUUGAAAUUUUGCUCUCAACGCGCCUAAUGAAGUUUCACUUCAAACAUUUUGAAUAUUAUAAUGCUAAUGUAAAAUACAAUAUACAGAUACAACCAGUAGGGAAACUUCACACAAACGUUCGAAAUAGCUCACGCACGCAAGCGUGUUUACGAGAAUCGUAAGGGUCUUCUUAUCUGUCAACUAGCUUACCGCCCGCGGCUUCGCGCGCUUGGUCUAAAACCCAAUAAAUUAUAUACAAAAACCUUCCUCUUAAAUCACUCUAUCUAUUAAAAAAAACCGCAACAAAAUCCGUUGCGUAGUCUUAAAGAUUUAAGCAUACAAAGGGACAUAGGGAAAUAGGGACAGAGAAAGCGACUUUGUUUUGUACUAUGUAGUGUUUGUUAUAAUACCCUUACGUUUCUCGUAAACACGCUUGCUUGUGUGCGUGAGCCAUUUCGAACAUUUGUGUGAAGUUUACCUACUGUUUGUUUGUGUAUAUUGUGUGUAUAAUGUAUUGAAAUGUACUUUCUUAAUAAUUUAGUGUAGAAUCUGUACCUUUGUAAAGAGAAAAGAUUUAUAGUUUUAAUUAGUUGGUACAUAAUAUGUACGAUUACUUUUUUAUAAGUAAAUAACGAGUACUGUCUGUAAUUAUAUUUUAUCCUUUACCAAAUAUAUCUUAUGAAUUAUGAUGA